AGUGCCUCAAGCCAUGUUCAUACUCUCUCUCUCUCUCUCCCCCCUCUUCUCUCUGCAUGGAAAUGUGUGUCUGAUAUAAGCUGCUGCAAUCACUUUCAAUUUGCUCCCUUUCCCACUUCAGCGCCACUAAGCCCUUCCUCGAUAGAUCCAACAGAGUCUUCUUCUCCCUCGAGUCUUCGCUGCAGACAUGCUCAGGUCAUAUCUAGCCAGAGGGCUCAGGUUUAUUGCUGCCGAUGUGUUGAUCAGUAGGCAAGGAAGGAGUUAUUCCACUGGUAGUGGUAGAAGGCUAGAAGGCAAGGUGGCCCUCAUAACAGGAGGUGUGAGUGGCAUUGGCAAGACCACAGCCCACGAAUUCAUCAAGCAUGGAGCACGAGUCAUAAUUGCUGACAUCGAGUCAGAAAUUGGUCCACAAGCUGCCAAUGAGCUUGGUCCUGCAGCCCACUUUGUCCAAUGUGACGUGACAGCAGAGGCUCAGGUAGAAAAGGCGGUGGAUAUUGCACUGACAAACUAUGGGAAACUUGACAUAAUGUACAACAAUGCUGGUAUAACAGGGCCAUCGUUUCCACCAAGCAUCGCAGACCUUGAUCUAGAUGAAUUUGACAAGGUCAUGCAAAUCAAUGUCAGAGGCAUGGUGGCGGGGAUCAAGCAUGCAGCACGGGCGAUGAUACCCGCUGGCUCAGGGUGUAUUCUCUGUACAUCAAGUAUUAGUGGACUCAUGGGCGGGCUUGGCUCACAUUCCUACUCAGCGUCAAAAUCUACAAUCCCUGGAAUCGUCAAGUCCGUGGCGAGCGAGCUAUGCGAAAAUGGGGUUAGGAUCAACUGCAUUUCUCCAGGUCCGAUUCCGACCACACUCUCCUUGGCCCAGAUAGGCUUGAUGUAUCCUGGUGCUUCCCAAGAACAGUUGAUUGAGAUUGUGAAUGGGCUCGGGAAGCUGAAGGGGGCUAAGUGUGAAGAAAUUGAUGUCGCCGAAGCCGCCUUGUAUCUGGCAUCAGAUGAAGCAAAGUACAUAACCGGGCAUAACCUCGUCGUGGAUGGAGGGUUGACCUGCUUUAAAAAUCUUGCACUCCCUUCUCCUCGUGAAUUUGUGUAAUUUAGCAUCUGCCAUUCUCACACCUUUUGGCUUAAUCAUCAAUCGUUCUUGUUUCUUGUGAAGGUGAUAUCAGCCUACAAGGACAUAAUUAUAUAUUAUUCACUUACAAGUGAAUCUGACAGCGUGUGUUUUUCCACCAUUUAAAUAUCCUCUUCAAGUGAUAUUAAAAAUAUAUUCUUCA